GGACUUCACCUGGACUCUCCCGGUAGACAGGAGCCGUACGCACAGGAACACGUCGGCGGUGCGAUCUCGCUUCUCUCCCCCAUUGAAAUUUCGCCCACAUCGGCAUUCUUGGCAGUGUGCGACGCAGGUGUUCGGAGGAACCUUGUCAGACGCCAAUAUCUUACAAAGGUGGUGGUUAGUCGGACCCGGAACUCGGCAGGCCCAGUCUCGCGCAGGAACUUCAGCAGUCAUGCCGCGGUCGUUCCUCGUCAAGAAAGUCAAGGCGGAGGAGUGCAGCUACCCGGCUGCCGCCCUGCACCCCGGCCCGGGCAUGGCGCAGACCUGCAUGCCCAGACCACCGCAGAACGGACAGAGCCUCACCGUGCGACUCAGUAACGGUUACAUCCACGACUACAUCCCGCCGGUGUACCCGCAGGAUGCCGUGGACUGUCAGCAGAACGUCACGGCGACGGGGAACGGGACAAUGGUCUAUGACAUACGGGCGACGGCGAAUGACCCUCCGCCCCCGCUGCCGUCCCAUCCGCACGCGCCCGCACAGGAGUACGUCAAACCGCAGAACUACCCGACAAUACACGACCAGACCAGCGUCGCAGACAUGCAGGACAUGCAGGACAUACAGAACAUGAACAAAGUGCAGCAGCAGCAGAACUCGACAAAAACUGUGGGAUAUAUCCAGUGCGACGCGUUUUACAUUACGGACGGACGGUCCCGCAGGAAAAACGGUGAGUCCCCGGCACGGGCCCAGCGGUACACGUGUAACGAGUGUGGGAAGCAGUACGCCACAUCGUCCAACCUGUCGCGCCACAAGCAGACGCAUCGACCGCUGGACUCUAAGCUGGCCAAGACGUGUCCGACGUGCGGGAAGGUGUACGUGUCCAUGCCGGCACUGUCCAUGCAUGUUCUGACGCAUCAACUCUCGCACAAGUGCGAUAUCUGCAACAAGGCCUUCUCCCGUCCAUGGCUCCUGCAGGGCCACAUGCGCUCACACACCGGAGAGAAGCCCUUCGGCUGCGCCCACUGCGGCAAGGCCUUCGCCGACCGUUCCAACCUGCGGGCGCACAUGCAGACUCACUCCGCCUUCAAGCAGUACAAGUGUAAGCGCUGCAACAAAUCCUUCGCACUCAAGUCGUACCUCAACAAGCAUUACGAAUCUGCAUGCUUUAAGCAACAGUAGCAUUAAGGAAAUACUAAACGUCCGUUCACUUCCACAUGCAUACACAUAUAUCUAUUCCCGACAGGAAUCUAGUUCUUCCAACAAACUAGGAAUAGAAAAAUCUAUAGUGGGGCUGGGACCAAAAGUGGACCAUGUGCAUGCAUGGCCAAUAAGGGCUUGGUCUGUUUUGACCUGUUAGACCCUGGUGUAUGAGCAAACCUGGCUGUACUCUCAUGAUUGCAACCAGUGGGCCCCGCAGCUACAGGUUUCGAUUCGGGAGCGAACAAAGACAGUGUUACGGGCUGGGGGAUUCGGCGGGGUAAUAACUGGCGAAUUCUAGAUUAAUGUCUCCCAUUACCCUGUCAAGAUGGCGUCCGAAAAUAAUCCAAUAGCAAAUUUUGUAGUGCAAGAAUAAUAGUAAUGGGAAACAUUGUAUAUAGUACUGGUGAGUCAUGUUGGUGUGUUACAAUUGCUUACAAUGUUAGAUAUACUUAGGACCGAUUCCUCUCUGUUUCAUGCAGCUUAGAACAAAGCACGAGGACGCUACAGUACAAUGACUUGUACCCAGCGAGACGGGCUCUACUUGAUUACACAUGCAACAGCCGUCAGCAGGGAAAUACGGGGUCUAAUGUUAGAUUUUCUAAUUUAUUCUAUUACCUCUCUAAUCUAUUCUAUAGCACAUUUGCCGAAAGCAGGAGUGUUACAGUGUUAGCCCUGACGCGGGGACCUGUGUUACAUUGAUGUUUCGUUGUACAGAAUCGCAGCUUUGCGAUGUAAAACUCGGAGUCAGAAAAAAAAUUGCAACAUGUUGAUGCCUGCAGCUUUAAAUCGUCUUCAGACGGCACGCCGCUCGUCCUAGGGACCAUAAAUAGCAAUCAAAGAUGACGUUUUUGUAUGACUCAGGCCGGGAGAGUGCAACGCGCCGUGAUGCGAUGAUGCAGAUACGGCAAAGCACGGCGUUUAUCAAAAAGUCGAGCGGCGUCUAGGUGUGUAACAGGUAGUCUGUAAUCUAACAGGUAGCAGCGGGGAGGGGUGAUAGCUCUCCGCGCUUGUGGACUAUGUCAAACCGUGUGAAGGGAAAUGUUAAUAACGCCCUUUCUCUUCUUGGCACGCACGCCAUGCAAAAUUCAUGCCCUCUAAUUGAUUGAAAGAGGUCGUAACGUUCAUUCUGCUAUUGAUUCGGAUUGUGGGAGGGCUUCGCACGCCCACCCCCUUCAAAUCAACGCCGUUCCUAUCACGAUAGAGCUCACCCCUCUCCGCACUAUGGUGUCUUUUCUUAGCCAAGGAUGACCACUACAAUCAUUCCAUCUGUGUGUCAGAUACCAUGUGAACAUUUGUGCAAUUCUGUGACGUACCAGUGGAGUUUCUGUGCAAUGCAGUAAUGAUAAUAUUAUUCUUUAUAUGACACGAUACGAUAGAAUGUAAAUGAUGAAUGUGUGACAAUGAUUUAUAAGUUCUGUAUAGCAACAGGAGCUAGCCUCCGACCCAGUCUUCCCUAUCUCUGCGACACAGUACCAAGCCAUUCACUAUUUUAAUCAACUGUACCUACAUGUGCGGUGAUACAUAGAAUAGCAAAUCUCUGUGAUUGAAGGGAGAAGUCCACGGGGACCGACUUUGUCAUUAUCUUCGCAAUCAUCAAGGGGCCAGGCAAAGGGACUCACCGCUAUCUUUUUUGUAACCAAUUCUGUGAAUCAACAGUUUCAAUGCAAAAGAUAGACAUUUUUUUACAAAACCUUUCAUUUUUCGUUUCUCACUUGCACAUAUUUGAUGUAAGAUUAACUGAACCAAACGGAUAUGCUCAGCUUUAGUGUUGCUUAGACUUCUCUUUGUAAGCUUAAAUCUUUUUUCGCCCUCUUUGUUUUUCCGAUACAACCGUUUCCAAUCUAAAUGAUUGAAGCAGUGUAAUUCACAUCACGCCUAUUGAUGGCUAUGUCGAUCCUAUGAUAUCACAAUGGGAUGCCAUUCUAACGUACUUGUAUGCACGUUAGGGCUCUUCCAACGUAGGUUGAUAUAUGCAAUAUAAACUUCUAUGUCACCACUCUGUAUUUACCGAAGGCGUUUGAAAUGUGUUUAGUAAGCAAUACAGGGACUGGCAUCUCUAUUGUGACGUCACGUUGUUGCGACCCUCCCCCCGAAGGUUACUGGUCGGUCCCCGUGCCCUGACAGAAGGGAGAGUUGAUCUCUCGGUUGUUAAUAAUGUAUGUGUCUGUCUCCAGACCGACUAUUUGCCAUCUCUGUACUGACGGCAGAUUUAGUAAAACAGACGGACGUCUAUAAACCACACACUGUCUCUUACUUCAUAACUGUGUCUGGUGUCUCCACGUUAAGCCCCCGAGUCUUUAGCCAUAGACUACCGCACGUGAUUAAUGUAUUGCAGUGUUACCGGUGCAUUGAACUGUUUCCAAACAAAGAUUUUAGUUUUUUUUA